GUGAUAGAAAAAAGAAGCAGAAGCCGUAACAAUAAAUUUUCCAGUUAAACAACAAUAAAUGAAGUUUAAAUAUAAUAAAAUAUAUAUUUUAAUAUUCAAAUUUCUAAUGAAAUAUCCUAAUAUAACUGAUUUUCAUAUAUGAUCGAAAAACAGUUAAAAAAUGGCAUCCAACUAUCGAUUUCUGUCCCGCUUUUGAAUUUCAAUAAUUAAACUAAAUAAACGAUGAAUAUAUUCAGAGUUUCUAUUAAAUUUAGAUAUCUUUGACUAAUUAUAUUUAGUUUAGUCUAUUAAUAACGCAUAUAAAGAGAAAUGGAUACUCCAAUAGUAGGAAUUUUAUCACAAGAAACUUACAUAGUUUCAAAGUAUUUACAUAAUGACUUAUAUGAUAGUUUUAUAGCCGCUUCCUACGUAAAAUUUUUGGAAAGUGCUGGAGCAAGAGUGAUUCCUGUUUGGAAAGGGCAAUCUCGUGAUUACUAUGAACGAAUUGUGAAAUAUACUAACGGAAUACUAUUUCCUGGUGGCGGUACUUAUUUUAAUGAAUCUUCUGGUUAUGGUACUGCCGCCCGGCAUAUAUACAAUUUAGCCGUACAAGCGAAUAAUGACGAUAUUUACUACCCCAUCUGGGGUAUAUGUUUAGGAAUGCAAGCUCUAAUUUACUCACAACUAGGAAAAGAUAUUAGAACAGAGAGAAAAUUGAAAAAAGUCGCCGUACCAUUGAAUUUUAUAACAGGUUUUAGAAACAGUAAACUCUUCUCAGAUAUACCGAACAAGAUAUUAGAAAUACUGGAAGCCCAUAAUGUUACGUAUAAUUUACACAAAUACGGUCUGACUGAAGAUGUAUUAAAAAAAUAUGAAAUACUCGACGAUUGGAGAAUUCUAUCCACAAAUAGGGAUUCUAAUAAUCUAACUUUCAUAUCAUCCAUGGAACAUAAACGGUAUCCGUUUUACGGUCUGCAGUUUCAUCCGGAAAAGAAUAUUUUUGAAUUUUCCAAAAAUUCCGGUAUACCUCAUUCGAGUAUAGCUGUUAGAGCGUCUCAAUAUUUCGCGAAUUUUUUUGUCGACGAAUGUAGGAAGAAUACGAAUUGUUUCGAUAACGAAGAUAUUGAAAAAGGCGUGUUGAUUUAUAAUUACAACCCUAUUUACACUGGAUUCAAUAAAUCAUCCUACGAACAGUUGUACGCUUUUACCAAAGAAGAUUAUCUGAAUUGUUCGUUAGUCAAAUCUCAUCUAGUCUGAUUUUUUGUGAUAUCUCGUUCAAAUAGUCUGAUGUAUCUUUAAAUUAAUGUUAAUUGUGAUUUUAAAAGUGUUGAAAUAAAAUGGUAAUAGAUU